UCGUUGAAGAAGUGGUGUUGUAUAUAUUAAAUAGAAUUAUCUCCAAAAGGUGCUUGAAAGAAAGUGGGGUCGGGUAGGCAUAUAAAUAAGUUGCAUAAGACCAUUCCCUUAUUCCACACCUUCACACAACACAGUCCUUCUCUCAAUCAAACACUGCAAAAUGGCUAAGGUUUACCCUCAGUUACCAACAUCUCCUCAGACUCAGUGUCUCACAUCCAAAAGAGAAACAUACACUCUAUGGUUGAAAUCACUCGUCUUCCACUCCAAUGGAUGCACUGUCUAUGACUCAAAUGGUGACAUCGUUUACAGAGUUGACAACUACGACAGAAAGGGUAGAAGAGAGGUUAAUCUCAUGGAUCUACGAGGCAAAGUUCUCUGCACCAUAAAGAAGAGAUUACUAGCUCUUGGAUGUUGGGAAGGACACAGAUGCAUCAGUUCAGAUUUUGGCAGCCAGGAACAACCGUGGUUCCAAGUAAAAAGAUGUAACCAAAUGAUCAAAGGGAAAGUAGCUUGCCAAGUUUCUGUGGGGUGCCAAAAGUACAGCAUAGUAAGAAUCGGUGGCAAAGCAGAAGCAUUUAGGAUCGUGAACACCGAUGGACAAAUCGUUGCCGAGGCAAAGCAAAAACACUCACCCUCAGGUGUUGUACUGAGUAACGAUGUUCUAACGUUGGAUUUGGCUGCCGGCACGGAUCAUUCUCUCAUAAUGGCUUUGAUCACAGUAUAUGGAUUGAUAUGUGGUAUAAUGUAAAAGAGAGAAAACUGCCAGUUCGUCGAUUUCAAACACACAAUUCAUUGGAGACUGAUUCAGGAUUGCUUGGCCUUUGUGACUGAUCUAAUGUUAUUCCAAGUUCACUUUGUAAAUUUUCUGAGUGACAAGUUUUGUAAUCAGAAUUAUUUUCUUAGUUUGUAUAGAUAGUAUAUGUAUGUAGACAUAUAUUGUUUACAGAAGAAACACGAUACGAUUUGUUGUAGACUCCAUGUUUGGAAUUUGACCAAAUGUUGUGUUUUUGA